AGCUCCCGCGUCCUGUUUUCCAGCUUGCGUCCGGCCCCCGCCCUGGUCAGGGGUGCUGGGCGGGGUGGCCAGAGCUCCGGGGAGUCAGAGGCCCAGCCCCGUGCACCCAGAGAUGCUGCUGCCACCGGGACACCCAGCCCUGCUGCUCCUGGCGGGGAUCCUGCUUGGAGUGGCUGCCCAGGAUCCCCGGUACACGAUAACCCAGCCCGAGUCCCUGUCGGUGCCGGCCGGGGGCUCCGUCACCCUGCCCUGCGCCUUCACCUACCCCCGUGAGAUCGAGCCGCUGUGGGACCUCCGGGUUUACUGGAGACGAGGGGGAUUCUAUGGCCAGUUUAUCUACAAUCACACCGAGGGGUUCACCCGCUGGGAUUACAGGGGCCGCAUCGCCCUGGUCGGGGACCCAUGGGGGAGCCGAAGGGCCUCGAUCCACAUCAACCGGCUGCAGGAGUCGGACACCAGCGAGUACGUCUGCCAAGUCCGGGUGCAGACGAACAAUGGCCAAUGGGAGCACUGGCGCAGCCACCCUGGGACCAACCUCACGGUGACAGCCCAAGCCUCUACAACCCAUGUCCCCUCGACGGAGCAGGUGACGACCCCAGCCACAGCUACGACGCAGCGGCCAGCCGGGCUGGGGGCAGCCCCGGUGAUUGGGGGGGCGCUGGCGGGGGCCAUCCUGCUGGCCGGGAUCAUCGGGCUGGCCGUGUAUGGAGCCCAGAAGAGAACAGGCGGUCGGCAGAAAGACCCCUCGGCCCGGAGGGCACAUGGCCAGUUGCAGGCCGAAGGCGGAGGCGAGUACAUGGAGAUCGGGGUGGGAGGCCAGGAUGUCCCCCAGCCCCAGCGCCCCCCGGACCCCGAGGAACCCGGCUUGCUCUACGCCGCCCUGGCCUUCUCGGAGCCUGGCACUGCCCCAAGGCAGCCAGAGCCCCGCGGGGCCCCCACGGACGAGACCCUUUACUCAGCCGUCCGGGUCCACUAGGGCCAGGGGGAGCCUGGAUCCCCAGGGGAGGGGCUGGGGGCUGGAGAAGGGCCACCCUGGAGGGAAAGGGCAGGUAAUGGGAGGGGGGAGAGCUGGAUUGAGGGCGAAUGGGGGGUGGUCCCUGAGUUGGAGCUGGGUUGGACAUGGGGGCCUGGGGGGGGCCUGCAUUGUGAGGUUUGGGGGGGCAGAGCCUGGGGGAGGUUUGGGGGUGUCUCCCUCCAGGUGUUUCCUCCAUUCUUCUCCAAGGAGCAUGUGGGGGGGCAGGGCCCAAGCCCUGUGGGGCCCAGACCAGGCUGGAAGCUGGGACCCCCCAUCGUGGGAGGAUUGUCCCCCUCCCCCAGGGCUGUGUGUGUGUGUCUGUCUGAUCGUCUGUCCAGGGGCAGGGCCUGGCCUGCCCCUCACCCCAAUAAAGCCUGUCUGACCUUU